AUGCUCCGCGCAAGACCAGAGGCAUUGGUGCUCCUGGGAGCUCUGCUGACUGGAUCCCUGGAUCCAACGAGCGGUCAGGACGCACUCUCGCUACCCUGGGAAGUGCAGCGCUACGACGGCUGGUUCAACAACUUGAGGCACCACGAGCGCGGCGCUGCCGGCUCCCGGCUGCGGCGCCUUGUCCCAGCCAAUUACGCCGACGGUGUGUAUCAGGCUCUGGGAGAGCCGCUGCUGCCCAACCCGCGCCGGCUCAGCGACGCCGCCACGAAGGGCCCAGCCGGGCUGGCAUCGCUCCACAACCGCACCGUGCUGGGGGUCUUCUUUGGCUACCAUGUGCUCUCGGACGUGGUGAGCGUGGAAACGCCAGGCUGCCCCGCCGAGUUUCUCAACAUCCGCAUCCCACCCGGAGACCCCGUGUUCGACCCCCACCAGCGCGGGGACGUGGUCCUGCCCUUCCAGAGGAGCCGCUGGGACCCCGAGACCGGACGGAGCCCCAGCAAUCCCCGGGACCUGACCAACGAGGUGACGGGCUGGCUGGACGGCAGCGCCAUCUACGGCUCCUCGCACUCCUGGAGCGACGCGCUGCGCGGCUUCUCCGGGGGACAGCUGGCGUCGGGAGCCAACCGCGACUUCCCCCGAGACUCGCCCAACUCCCUGCUCAUGUGGGCGAACAUCGCCCUGUAUGAGUGGCUGCCCAGUUUCCUGCAGAAAACACCCCCGGAGUAUGCAGGGUACCGCCCUUUCCUAGACCCCAGCAUCUCCCCAGAGUUCGUGGCGGCAUCUGAGCAGUUCUUCUCCACCAUGGUGCCCCCUGGCGUCUACAUGAGAAAUGCCAGUUGUCAUUUCCCGAAGGUCCUAUAUGAGGAUGCUGACAACAUCUCAGCUCUCAGAGUCUGCAACAACUACUGGAUUCGGAAGAAUCCCAAUCUGAACAGUACCCAGGAGGUGGAUCAGCUGCUGCUGGGAAUGGCCUCCCAGAUUUCAGAGCGGGAGGACAGGAUAGUGGUUGAAGAUCUGAGGGAUUACUGGCCUGGCCCUGGCAAAUUCUCCCGCACAGACUAUGUGGCCAGCAGCAUCCAACAUGGGCGAGAUAUGGGGCUGCCUAGCUACAGCCAGGCCCUGCUGGCCUUGGGGUUGGAGAUCCCAAGGAACUGGAGUGACCUCAACCCUAAUGUGGACCUUCAGGUACUGGAGGCCAUAGCCACCCUGUACAACCAGGACCUGUCCCGGCUGGAGCUGCUCCCUGGGGGGCUCCUGGAGAGCCAUGGGAACCCUGGACCCCUGUUUAGCACCAUUGUCCUUGACCAGUUUGUGCGGCUGCGGGAUGGUGACCGUUACUGGUUUGAGAACACCAAGAACGGCCUGUUCUCCAAGAAGGAGAUUGAAGAAAUCAGAAACACCACCCUGAGGGAUGUGCUGGUAGCUGUUACCAAUGUUAACUCCAAUGCCCUGCAACCCAAUGUCUUUUUCUGGCAUGAAGGCGCACCCUGCCCUCAGCCCCAGCAACUCACAACUGAAGGCUUGCCCCCCUGUGUGCCCCUUACUGUGCUUGACUUCUUUGAGGGCAGUGGAGCUGGUUUUGGCAUCACCAUUGUGGCUCUCUGCUGCCUUCCAUUAGUGAGUCUACUUUUCUCUGGGGUGGUGGCCUAUUUCCGGGGCCGAGAGCGCAAGAAGCUACAAAAGAAAGGCAAUGACAGUGUGAAGAAGGAAGCAGCCAAAGAUGGAAUUCCAGCGAUGGAAUGGCCAGGCCCCAAGGAGAGUAGCUAUCCUGUCACCAUCCAGCUGCUUCCAGACAAGGUUCUUCAGGUUCUGGACAGGCGUCCCACUGUGCUCCGCAUAGUCCAGCUGCGGCCCCCACAGCAGGUUGACCUAGUCCUGUCCAGCAACCGAGGAUGCCGCACCUUGCUGCUCAAGAUCCCCAAGGAGUAUGACCUGGUGCUGCAGUUUAAUUCUGAAGAGGAGCGGGGCGCCUUUGUGAAGCAACUCCAGGACUUCUGUAUACGCUGGACUCUGGGCCUCCAUGUGGCUGAGAUGGAUGAGAAGGAGCUAUUCAGGAAGGCGGUGACCAAGCAGCAGCGGGGACGCAUCCUGGAGAUCUUCUUUAGACACCUUUUUGCUCAGGUGCUGGACAUCAAGCAGGCGGAUGCAGGGACCCUGCCCCUGGACUCAUCCCAGAAGGUGCGGGAGGCCCUGACAUGUGAGCUGAGUAGAGCUGAGUUUGCGGAGUCCCUGGGACUCAAGCCCCAGGACAUGUUUGUGGAGUCCAUGUUCUCUCUGGCUGACAAGGAUGGCAAUGGCUACCUUUCCUUCCGGGAGUUCCUGGACAUCCUAGUGGUCUUCAUGACAGGCUCCCCAGAGGACAAAUCCCGCCUGAUGUUUACUAUGUAUGACCUGGAUGAGAAUGGCUUCCUCUCCAAGGAUGAAUUCUUCACCAUGAUGCGGUCCUUUAUAGAAAUCUCCAACAACUGCCUGUCGAAGGCCCAGCUAGCCGAGGUGGUGGAGUCCAUGUUCCGGGAGUCGGGCUUCCAGGACAAGGAGGAACUGACAUGGGAGGACUUCCACUACAUGCUGCGGGACCAUGACAGCGAGCUCCGCCGCACACAGCUCUGUGUCAAAGGUGGACGUGGAGGUGCUGGAGACAUCUUUAAACAAAACAUCAGUUGUCGAGUCUCGUUCAUCUCUCGGACUCCUGGCGAACGCUCCUGCCCCCAAGGACUGGGGCUCCCUGCCUCAGAAACCCCAGAGCUGGGAGGCUCUGGGCUGAAGAAGAGGUUUGGCAAAAAAAUCAUGGUGACUGGUCCCCAGCUGUACACAGAGGCACUCCAGGAGAAGAUGCAGCGAGGCCUCCUGGCCCAGAAGCUGCAGCAAUUCAAGCGCUUUGUGGAGAACUACCGACGGCAUAUCGUGUGUGUCGCAAUCUUUUCGGCCAUCUGUGUCGGCUUGUUUGCAGAUCGUGCUUAUUACUAUGGCUUUGCUUCGCCACGCACGGACAUUGCACAGACCACCUAUGUGGGCAUCAUCCUGUCACGGGGCACAGCGGCCAGCGUCUCCUUCAUGUUCUCCUACAUCCUGCUCACCAUGUGCCGCAAUCUCAUCACCUUCCUACGAGAGACCUUCCUCAACCGCUACGUGCCUUUCGACGCUGCCGUGGACUUCCAUCGCUGGAUUGCCAUGGCUGCUGUUGUCCUGGCCAUUUUGCACAGUGCUGGCCACGUGGUCAAUGUCUACAUCUUCUCAGUCAGCCCCCUCAGCCUGCUGACCUGCGUAUUCCCCAACGUCUUUGUGAAUGAUGGGUCCAAGCUUCCCUGGAAGUUCUAUGUGUGGUUCUUUCAGACCGUCCCAGGUAUGACAGGAGUGCUCCUGCUCGUGGUCCUGGCCAUCAUGUACGUCUUUGCCUCCCACCACUUCCGCCGCCGCAGCUUCCGGGGCUUCUGGCUGACCCACCACCUCUACAUCCUGCUGUACGCCCUGCUCAUCAUCCACGGCAGCUAUGCUCUGAUCCAGCUGCCCUCUUUCCACAUCUACUUCCUGGUCCCAGCAAUAAUCUAUGGCGGCGACAAGCUAGUGAGCCUGAGCCGGAAGAAGGUGGAGAUCAGCGUGCUGAAGGCGGAGCUGCUGCCUUCAGGAGUGACCUACCUGCAGUUCCAACGGCCCCAGGGCUUUGAGUACAAGUCAGGACAGUGGGUGCGGAUCGCCUGCCUGGCUCUGGGGACCAAUGAGUACCACCCCUUCACACUGACCUCUGCGCCCCACGAGGACACUCUCAGCUUGCACAUCCGGGCAGUGGGGCCCUGGACCACUCGCCUCAGGGAGAUCUACUCACCCCCGGAGGGCAGUGUCUGGGCUGGAUACCCAAAGCUGUACCUCGAUGGACCAUUUGGAGAGGGCCACCAGGAGUGGCAUAAGUUUGAGGUGUCAGUGCUGGUGGGAGGGGGCAUUGGGGUCACCCCCUUUGCCUCCAUCCUCAAGGACCUGGUCUUCAAGUCAUCCUUGGGCCGUCAAAUGCUCUGUAAGAAGAUCUAUUUCAUCUGGGUGACGCGGACCCAGCGGCAGUUCGAGUGGCUGGCUGACAUCAUCCGGGAGGUGGAGGAGAAUGACCACCAGGACCUGGUGUCUGUGCACAUCUAUAUCACCCAGCUGGCAGAGAAGUUCGACCUCAGGACCACCAUGCUGUACAUCUGCGAGCGGCACUUCCAGAAGGUGCUGAACCGGAGUCUGUUCACGGGCCUGCGCUCCAUCACUCACUUUGGCCGCCCCCCCUUCGAGCCCUUCUUCAACUCCCUGCAGGAAGUCCACCCACAGGUGCGCAAGAUUGGAGUGUUCAGCUGCGGCCCUCCAGGAAUGACCAAGAAUGUAGAGAAGGCCUGUCAGCUUGUCAACAGACAGGACCGAGCCCACUUCAUGCACCACUAUGAAAACUUCUGA